AUGAAUAAAUAAUUUUUGAUUCUUUAUGAAUUUUUGGAAACUAACUCAGGAAAAAUAUUUUUAGUAGAAGAGAAAUAGUAAAAUACUUCAAACAAAUAUUAUGCGUAUUUAUUUAGUAAAUUAUUGAUUCCAAAUGAAUGCUUAAAAGAUGAAAUAAAAUUUCUUGAAUAAUCAAAUCACCGAGAUUUAUUUAGAAAAUAUAUUAAAAUGCAUAAAGAUGAUCAAAAAUAAUUAUAUUUAUUUGAUUAUAUUGAAGGGAGUCAAUUUUUAGAUCAAAAGAUUAAGGAUUAUGGGAAACUUACGAAAUCUUUUGUAUAUUCUGAAAUACAAUAAUACCUUAAAAACUUAUUAUUAGCCUUAUAUCAAUUGCAUUCAAAAGAUAUUCCUGGGAGAGUUUUUUCAACUUUCAAUAUAGUUGUUUAACCUGGUGAAAAAAUUGUAUUAAUGGAUUUUGGAUUUGAACCAGAAAUUGAAAAAAAUCAUUUAGAUAUAUUAGCACCACCUGAAUAUUUGAAGAAAAUAAUCAAUAAAGGUAUUAUUUUGUAAAUAUUUAGAAAAUUAUGAUAAAUUUGAUUUAAAAUUUGACUCUUGGUUGGUUGGAGCAUUUUUAUAUCACUUAAUAAAGUUUUAAUCUAUUAACUAGGUUAAUGUAAACAAUAGUUAUGUACGAUAUAAAUAUGAUUAAAAAGAAUAAUUUUAUGAAUAUUUGAAUAGUAUCAAAUUUAUUCCUUGUUAAACUUCAAGAUACAAAAAUACUCUGCUCUCCUUAGUAUAAGAUUUACUUACUUGUGAUCCAAACAAAAGAUUAUCCUUUUAUCAAAUUUAUUAACAUCCAUUCAUUAAAGAUCUUAAAAUUGACCAAUUAGAUUCUUAUCUUCAAUUCUAUCAGAAAUGUGAAUAUAUUAGAGAUUUAAAAAAUGAUGCAUUUAAUACUGGAUCAUUUUUUAUGAAUACUCAAAAAGAAAGAUCUGUUAUUUAGUUUCCAUAAAAACUUGAGUUGAUAUAUUCUUGCAAUGUUCUCACUAAUUAAGUAUAAUCAUAAAAGAAUCAAAUUGAAAUAAUUCAAACCAUUUCUAACUAUAAAGAGAAGACGAAUUAACCUGAUUAUUUGGUUGUUAUUAUGAACACACCAUAAUUUUCAGAUCGAAGUUAUUAUGAAUAUUGGUUUCAAAUUUAAUUAGAUUGUUUGAGAUGCUAUAUAUUAGCUUCAGCAAAAGACAAAAUUACUAUUGUUUUUAAAUCUACCAAUCACUUUGAAUAGAUCUAUACAUUUAUUAUUAAUAAAAUGCAUUUACUUAUUUUAAGUGAAAUGAAUAGUUAUUUGCAAUCAGAACUUUAUUAAAAUAAACCAAAUAAAAAUUGGAAAAUAUUUUUAAAUCAACAUUAAAAAGAUUUAAUCGCAUCUGAAUAAAUAAAUUUAUAUCUAAAGGAAUUAUAACAACAAUUGCUUACCAUUUUGUAAAAACAUCAAGAAGUCCAUAAAAAAGAGGACGAUUCGCUUCCUGAAUUAAUAAAGCUAGCAUUGAACAACGAUAAAGUUCAAANCUUGAAUAAUCAAAUCACCGAGAUUUAUUUAGAAAAUAUAUUAAAAUGCAUAAAGAUGAUCAAAAAUAAUUAUAUUUAUUUGAUUAUAUUGAAGGGAGUCAAUUUUUAGAUCAAAAGAUUAAGGAUUAUGGGAAACUUACGAAAUCUUUUGUAUAUUCUGAAAUACAAUAAUACCUUAAAAACUUAUUAUUAGCCUUAUAUCAAUUGCAUUCAAAAGAUAUUCCUGGGAGAGUUUUUUCAACUUUCAAUAUAGUUGUUUAACCUGGUGAAAAAAUUGUAUUAAUGGAUUUUGGAUUUGAACCAGAAAUUGAAAAAAAUCAUUUAGAUAUAUUAGCACCACCUGAAUAUUUGAAGAAAAUAAUCAAUAAAGGUAUUAUUUUGUAAAUAUUUAGAAAAUUAUGAUAAAUUUGAUUUAAAAUUUGACUCUUGGUUGGUUGGAGCAUUUUUAUAUCACUUAAUAAAGUUUUAAUCUAUUAACUAGGUUAAUGUAAACAAUAGUUAUGUACGAUAUAAAUAUGAUUAAAAAGAAUAAUUUUAUGAAUAUUUGAAUAGUAUCAAAUUUAUUCCUUGUUAAACUUCAAGAUACAAAAAUACUCUGCUCUCCUUAGUAUAAGAUUUACUUACUUGUGAUCCAAACAAAAGAUUAUCCUUUUAUCAAAUUUAUUAACAUCCAUUCAUUAAAGAUCUUAAAAUUGACCAAUUAGAUUCUUAUCUUCAAUUCUAUCAGAAAUGUGAAUAUAUUAGAGAUUUAAAAAAUGAAGCAUUUAAUACUGGAUCAUUUUUUAUGAAUACUCAAAAAGAAAGAUCUGUUAUUUAGUUUCCAUAAAAACUUGAGUUGAUAUAUUCUUGCAAUGUUCUCACUAAUUAAGUAUAAUCAUAAAAGAAUCAAAUUGAAAUAAUUCAAACCAUUUCUAACUAUAAAGAGAAGACGAAUUAACCUGAUUAUUUGGUUGUUAUUAUGAACACACCAUAAUUUUCAGAUCGAAGUUAUUAUGAAUAUUGGUUUCAAAUUUAAUUAGAUUGUUUGAGAUGCUAUAUAUUAGCUUCAGCAAAAGACAAAAUUACUAUUGUUUUUAAAUCUACCAAUCACUUUGAAUAGAUCUAUACAUUUAUUAUUAAUAAAAUGCAUUUACUUAUUUUAAGUGAAAUGAAUAGUUAUUUGCAAUCAGAACUUUAUUAAAAUAAACCAAAUAAAAAUUGGAAAAUAUUUUUAAAUCAACAUUAAAAAGAUUUAAUCGCAUCUGAAUAAAUAAAUUUAUAUCUAAAGGAAUUAUAACAACAAUUGCUUACCAUUUUGUAAAAACAUCAAGAAGUCCAUAAAAAAGAGGACGAUUCGCUUCCUGAAUUAAUAAAGCUAGCAUUGAACAACGAUAAAGUUCAAAACCCAUAUGAAUACUUUUUGAAUGGUUAUUCAGAUGCUAUAUAAAUGCUACUCUAACAUAUUAAUUAAUUAAUUACUUAAAAUCAAUAAGUAAAUUUAGAAGAAUUAUAAGCUUACAAGAAAUUAAUUUAUUGCUGUGUUGACAUCAAUUAUUCUUUUCAACCUUAAACAUUUUAAGAAUAAUUUUAAUAACUAACAUAAAACAAUCAAAAAGUACAACCAAAGGAUAUUAUUAAUNAUAUAUAUAUAAAAGUAUUACUAAAUUUUACAGACAAUCACAAAAACAUACUUGUUUAAUAAUCCUAUAUAUUCUUCUCAUUAUCUCUUAUUAUAACCAAAUUGGUUUUAAAAUUAAAUUUAAGCUUGUCUUCUAUUUAAUUAAAGCUCCCCUAUGUAAGAUUAUAGCAGAUCAUAUAUGAAUAGAAUUUAAAAUAAAUCUAAAAUAAUAGAUAUGCAAUGUAUGUGAUUUUUAUAAUACAAUAAUUUUUAUAUUAAAUUAAAUGUAUUAAUCAUUCUCUAUCCUUUAUUAAGUAUUGGAAACCAGCUCAGGAACAGUGUUUAAAGUAGAAGAGAAAUUCUAAAAUAUUUCAAAAAUAUAUUAUGCUUUUUAAUUUAUUGAGUAACAGAUUAUGAGUGAAUCUUUAAGAGAUAAUAUAUAAAAACUUGAAUAAUCAAAUCACCGAGAUUUAUUUAGAAAAUAUAUUAAAAUGCAUAAAGAUGAUCAAAAAUAAUUAUAUUUAUUUGAUUAUAUUGAAGGGAGUCAAUUUUUAGAUCAAAAGAUUAAGGAUUAUGGGAAACUUACGAAAUCUUUUGUAUAUUCUGAAAUACAAUAAUACCUUAAAAACUUAUUAUUAGCCUUAUAUCAAUUGCAUUCAAAAGAUAUUCCUGGGAGAGUUUUUUCAACUUUCAAUAUAGUUGUUUAACCUGGUGAAAAAAUUGUAUUAAUGGAUUUUGGAUUUGAACCAGAAAUUGAAAAAAAUCAUUUAGAUAUAUUAGCACCACCUGAAUAUUUGAAGAAAAUAAUCAAUAAAGGUAUUAUUUUGUAAAUAUUUAGAAAAUUAUGAUAAAUUUGAUUUAAAAUUUGACUCUUGGUUGGUUGGAGCAUUUUUAUAUCACUUAAUAAAGUUUUAAUCUAUUAACUAGGUUAAUGUAAACAAUAGUUAUGUACGAUAUAAAUAUGAUUAAAAAGAAUAAUUUUAUGAAUAUUUGAAUAGUAUCAAAUUUAUUCCUUGUUAAACUUCAAGAUACAAAAAUACUCUGCUCUCCUUAGUAUAAGAUUUACUUACUUGUGAUCCAAACAAAAGAUUAUCCUUUUAUCAAAUUUAUUAACAUCCAUUCAUUAAAGAUCUUAAAAUUGACCAAUUAGAUUCUUAUCUUCAAUUCUAUCAGAAAUGUGAAUAUAUUAGAGAUUUAAAAAAUGAUGCAUUUAAUACUGGAUCAUUUUUUAUGAAUACUCAAAAAGAAAGAUCUGUUAUUUAGUUUCCAUAAAAACUUGAGUUGAUAUAUUCUUGCAAUGUUCUCACUAAUUAAGUAUAAUCAUAAAAGAAUCAAAUUGAAAUAAUUCAAACCAUUUCUAACUAUAAAGAGAAGACGAAUUAACCUGAUUAUUUGGUUGUUAUUAUGAACACACCAUAAUUUUCAGAUCGAAGUUAUUAUGAAUAUUGGUUUCAAAUUUAAUUAGAUUGUUUGAGAUGCUAUAUAUUAGCUUCAGCAAAAGACAAAAUUACUAUUGUUUUUAAAUCUACCAAUCACUUUGAAUAGAUCUAUACAUUUAUUAUUAAUAAAAUGCAUUUACUUAUUUUAAGUGAAAUGAAUAGUUAUUUGCAAUCAGAACUUUAUUAAAAUAAACCAAAUAAAAAUUGGAAAAUAUUUUUAAAUCAACAUUAAAAAGAUUUAAUCGCAUCUGAAUAAAUAAAUUUAUAUCUAAAGGAAUUAUAACAACAAUUGCUUACCAUUUUGUAAAAACAUCAAGAAGUCCAUAAAAAAGAGGACGAUUCGCUUCCUGAAUUAAUAAAGCUAGCAUUGAACAACGAUAAAGUUCAAAACCCAUAUGAAUACUUUUUGAAUGGUUAUUCAGAUGCUAUAUAAAUGCUACUCUAACAUAUUAAUUAAUUAAUUACUUAAAAUCAAUAAGUAAAUUUAGAAGAAUUAUAAGCUUACAAGAAAUUAAUUUAUUGCUGUGUUGACAUCAAUUAUUCUUUUCAACCUUAAACAUUUUAAGAAUAAUUUUAAUAACUAACAUAAAACAAUCAAAAAGUACAACCAAAGGAUAUUAUUAAUAUUUUUGGUAUUACCAAUAAGUUUCGAUGA